UUUAUGGCGCCUUUUCCAAUUCUUCCACAUUUGAGCGCGGUAUCUUGUCCCGCGCGCGCCGUCCUGCACAUGUGGUGGGUCAUCCUCUUGGCCAUUGCACGCCUCGCGUCCGGAGCAGCGUUUGCUUCAUGCUAUGACACGCUGCUCGGUUGUGCCGUCUGCAGCACGUUUGCCGAGAUCGUGGUCGACAGGCCCGGUGCUCUCAUGUCCGCCGAAGCCAACGGGACAUCGCCGGCAGCGUGCCUUGCAUCGUGCAGCGAGACCCAAUGCGACUGCUUGGCUCGGAAUGGCACAGUUUUUUGCGGUCGCGUCUCGAGCUUGCGCCCGAUGGUGCACCAGGUCGCGCUGCAGCACUCACUGGAUGCUGGGACUGUGCUGACAAUCGGGAUUGGCGACCGACCGAGCGGCACCGCUGUUCUCUCGAGCACCGACGCAAGCAACCUCACCAUCACGCUCAGCGCUUCGUUUAUCUAUGUUGACGCUGCACCGGCGUGGACGGCUGCCCUCUUGGUGCCAGCGCCGCUGCAGGGUCGGACACCGUUGACCGUGACGUUCCGUUCUCACUCGUGGAGGCUGUCCAUGGCCAACGUCCUUCUCGGCGUUUUACCAAGUCCGACCACGCAUGUCUACGACCACUUGCUGCACGACACACCGAUCACUCUGCGCCAGUCCCCGCCACAUCCGUGUCAGCUAGCACCCAUCGGCUACGAGCUGCAGCAGUGGCGUCUCGGGCGCUGGGAGCGGUGCCAGCGGUAUACGACCCAUACAGCGUCGGCAUACAUCACACGCGACGCUGUCAACGCCCGACUGCAGCCCAGUACGAUGUAUACGUGGCGUUUGGUUGCUCACGAAAGUCUGGCGCUCAAUACGUCGAGCCACGUCACUUUUGCCGUGCGCACAGCCGUGGCAGGCUGCCCGGCGACGCGCCCUCGGUUGCGCAUUCUCCAGGUCUUGGCCAGCGCUGUUCGUCUCCGCGCAUUACAGCCAUGGGAUCUUAACGGGUCCCAACCGCAGGCGCUGCUUGUACAGCUGCAGUCGCCCAAUGGCACGGCGCGCGCAGAGACAUUUGGUGCGCGUGCGCACGAGAUCACGCUGCAUCGUCUCGAUGCAGAGACGAAUUAUGUCGUUCAAGGCGCGCUGAUGGUGGCAGAUUGUGCGGAUCGUUGGAGUGUUUCCGUGGCCUUCUCGACGCCGGCACCGGCUUCGCCCAGUGAAGUACUCGGCCUCGCGAUCGCGGAAUCAUCGUCGACCACAUUGAAUGUGGCAUGGCGCGCGCCGCUGAGCUCGGGCGGCGUAUUGCUCCACGCCUACGUUGUGCGAUGCCGUCUCGUCCACGGAGCAUCUAGCGACGAGCCCAUCACCAAGCACGUCGGUGUCGACACGAUGCAGUUGCCGCUCACCGAUCUCUUGGCCAACUCGAGCUACAACAUCACCGUGCAAGCUGUCAACCGUGCGCACUUGGCCGCGUCGGCGUCUAUCAUCGCUUCAACACGGGUGCACGACAGCAGCACCGAAACGGGCGUUGCCAACGACGCGAGUGGCGGCACGUACGUUCUCACGACGCCGACGACGUGCAUCGAGCUGCCGUGGACAACGACCUCGAUGGUCAUCUCGGACAACGUGUCGAUCCAAGUCGCCAUGACGUUCGCUCUGCAAUUCGUGCGCUCUGGUCGCAGUAGUGCUAAGACGAUGCUAUCGUGCGAGACGGUGGCAGCGACACGCCCAGCGGUCACGUCGGCGCCAACACUGCUCCGUGUAUCAGGCGGACGCAUCAUGGUUGCGAUGGCACCGCCCAGAGACACGGGUGGUGUCCCGCUCCUAGCGCAUGCCGUCAUCGUCCACACAGCCUUGGAAGCGCUGAACCAACGCAUGGUUCUGCCACUGGCUUCUACCGUCGCAAAGCUCCCAAACUUGCGGCCCGAGACGACGUACUUGGUGGCGUACCAAUCGCAGAACCGCAUGGCGUCGCAAACAAGCAAGGCAGUGACGUUUACUACUGCGCCACCUCCGAUUUUGCCAACAGUACGACGAGCCGCCGAACGGCCUCCACCCGCACCGAUCAACCGCACGUGCGUAUGGCACGCCUUGUACACCGUUGACUUUGUUGGCUCUUCCGACGUGGCGGAUCUACCAGGGCCGUGCGAUGUGCUCGCGCUUGCUGCCGCGGCGAGCGGUGGCGCGCUACGCCUUGUCUGGACACCGCCCGUCACGGUCAACGCACCUAUCAUUUCGUACGACGUCCUCGUCGUACGCAGCGAAGCCACUCGGCUUUUGUCGGCGCCGGCACCAGCCAUCACCGUUGCUGGGUUGCUCCCCAAGACGUCGUAUGGCGUUCAAGUCGCAGCCCGGACAGUGGCUGGUCGAGGAGCAUGGACGGCGCCAGCAGUGUUUGUGACGUCCGACGUCUCGCCACCGUCGCCACCAUCGACAUUACACAUCGUCAAGACGACAGGAGGUGCAGCUUCGAUCCUUGUUGGCGCACCUCUGGACACGGGUGGCGUGCCCCCGACAGAGCUGCUUUACGCCGUCUCUAUCGACGCCCGUCGCCUCCGUCGCCAAAGUUACGCCUUUCAUGUGCUCAACGCGACGCACGUACGGCUGCAAGUCGGGCUCUUGGCGCCCGGCACAACAUAUGGUGUCCAGGUGCAAGCGAUUUCGCCCAACGUCGGUGGCAGCGCGUGGACACCGACACUUUCAGUGACGACAUCGGCAUCACGGACCGUUGCUGGCGCCGCGCCUGUCGUGCUACUGGAAGCCACCGGCGGCGCGCUGCACGUAGGCUGGUCAAGCGUCGUGGACGACGGCGGGGCGCCAAUUCAAAGCUACACCGUGCUGUUGCGCCGCGCCUAUGCUAGCGCGAUUGUCGCGAUGUGCACAACCACCACGCCAACGGGGUGCUGGGUGCGGGGCCUGGCGCCGUCCACGGACUAUCUCGCAUCCCUCGUCGUUCGCAAUCGCAUUGGCAGCUCGACGGAGAGUCCUACUGCGGUCGUUGCGACGACAGCACCGACGCCACCGACGUCGCCCACGCGCCUCUGUGGUACGUUUGACGAGAACGCCGGAGGUGUCCAACUGGUCUGGGCUCCGCCAGUGGACGUCGGCGGCGCCACGAGCGACGACCUCUACUACGUCGUUUCCGUCGACUCGCACCCACCCAGUGUUACAACAGCAACGACGUGGACCCUCCCAAGGAGCAACGUUAGUCGUCUCAACAUUUCUGUCACGGCGGCGACGGCGUGGGGCAGCGGCGCGCCGGCGAUUCUCUUGCUUUUCGGGAAGGAUGCGUGUGUACCGACAAGUAUUGAUGUGUGGCGAGAGAUCAACUGGUCGUUCGCUGCAUCAUGUCCCACCUGCGAGACUACUUCCGCGUCCCCAAGCCUCGAGUCUCCUCCGUCGCCCCCACUUGUGGCACCCAAUCGGCUUUUGGCCGAGACCGCACCAGCGGUCCACCUGAUAGUGGUCAAUGUGGGUGAAGACGGUCACCUUAACACGACGUUCGCCUACCAGCCAAAUGCUUACGCCUCCUGGCUCCUACUGCCAGCGUCGCCUGACGUCUCUGUCCUUCUCCACGUCCGCGUGUUCGAAAUAGAGUGCGACAACGAUAAGGUCAGCUUCUUUGAGGUGUACCAAAACGGCUCUGAGCAGCUCGUAUGGCAAGGCGGCUGUGCUCGACUGCCGUUCACACUGCGUAGCAGUGCACCGGGCCUUGGCCUCCGGAUGAUUCUAGCGACCGAUGACUCGAUUCAACUCUCGGGCGUCUAUUUGAGAUACCAUGGUGUACAAGGUGUGUCACUCGACACUUUGACGAUCCCGUGUCCGACGUCGUGUGGGCGAUAUGGCAUCUGUCGCGAUGACGGCACGUGUGACUGCCGACCGCGCUUUUCUGGCGAAGGAUGCACCAACCACGACGUGUGCCCGCACCAUCCUGCGUGCUACCGGCCCGACGUCAUCGUCGUUGAUACGCGCUUUGGCAGCGAUGUGCUUGGCACCGGCGGCUUGAAGCGCAACAAGGCCGUCCAGUCACUCACCCGGGCACUCGAGCUCGUGCGACCCAACGGCCUUAUCGUCUUGUAUCCUGGCACCUACGCGGAUGUGCGCACGUGCAACGUCAUCUUGGAAAACCACAAUGUGACGAUCACCUCGUUGGUGUCUCUUGCCUGGUCGGAUAGAAAUGUGCCUGCCUUUUGGAUACCGGACUCUGCCUUGGCGGUGGACGUCGACUGCACGGGCGCACUCGCUUCCUGGCACAUUCGCAACGCGUCGAGGGUGGCUCUCUCCAGCCUCCGCCUCAUUGGAGGGAUUGGCCCCGACGCCCGCCUCCGAGUGACCGACAGUCACGCGGUGCUGUCGCAUGUCACAAUUCGUGGCGCGGUAUCGUCCUCGGUCGGUGGCGGUCUCGCAGCAGCCAACUCGACGCUCUCGUUCCAACAUGUUUACGUUGAAGACUGUGUGGCAAAAAGUGGUGGCGGAGUCCACCUCGAAUACAGCACCUUGAAGGCAACCGCUUCGGCGAUAUCCCACAACACGGCAACGUCGGACGGCGGUGGGGUCUCUCUUCACUCUAGUACGCUGCACGGCGCGCAGGUCGCGUUCAACACGGCAGCGCGGUACGGCGGCGGCAUCGUUGCCACAGGUGUCGACAAUGACCUCUCGGAUGGAACCAUCUCCAACAACUCGGCCGUCGGCGGCGGCGGCCUCGCCGUGCUGUCGGCUGCCAGCCUCGACAUGGAGCGCAUUCGAGUUCUUGGCAACACCGCAACCACUGGCGGCGGGCUUCUUCUCUUGUCCAUCCAGCGUCUCUCUCUCGGCAACACGACUGUGGCUUUAAACACGGCGAUGCAAGGCGGCGGCCUCACGCUGCAGUCCGUGAGCAACGGCUCGUUCAACGUAUCGGAACUCGCGCUCUUUGAAAAUCACGCAGCAGAUGUAGGCGGAGGUCUCUACGUCCAUGCCAGCUCGGUCCUUCUCGACGGACUCGUCAUGACCAAGUGCACCUCCAAUGGUACUGGCGGUGGUCUCGCUACCCACAGCUCGAACGUCGGGCUUCUCCACACUACGAUCGUCAACAACUCGGCGGCGACGUCCGGUGGUGGACUCUUUGCGAACAACUCGACGGUCGUCGGUGACCGCGUCUCCAUCCUUUCCAAUGUGGCGUCGCUCGGCGGCGGCAUAUGCGUAGUGGCAUCGCAAGUCAAGUCGAUGCACGUCCUAUCCAACUCUGCCCAUCUCGAUGGCGGCGGCGUCGCGGCCUCCAAUGGCUCGUAUCUCGCGGGCCUCGUCGUAGCUGCGAAUCGAGCAGCGCAAGACGGUGGUGGUCUCUUUCUCUCGGGCUGGAUCUCGAUUCAAAACACUUCCGUUUUGGGUAGCUUCGCACAGCGGCGCGGUGGCGGCGCCUUUGUGGGACCCUCCUCUACUGUCAUGUGCUCGAGUCUCGCUUUGGAUGCCAACAUAGCUGAUGACGGAGGCGGCGCCUAUCUCGACGGUCCCGGCAUCACAUUGCAAGGCACGUACGCUGCGACGAGCAACCACGCUCGCGUGACUGGCGGUGGCAUCACCUGCAGCAAAAGCUGUCAGCUCGAUGGACCGACGCUCUCGAGCAACUCGGCCGAUGCGCUCGGUGGCGGCGUCUUUUGCGUCAACGGCAGCUGCACGGUUCAAAAUGGCAGGAUACAAGGCAACCGAGCCAUGCGUGGCGGUGGGCUCGGCGCCCAAGACGCCACGGUCAGCUUGGAGCGCUGCAACAUCGCGUUCAACACGGCUAAUUCCACCGGCGGUGGCAUAUUUGCUCAAAACAGCGCUGUGCGCCUCUCGGAAACGCGCCGGAAUGUCGCGGUCGCUGGCGGAGGCAUCUACGCUGCGUCAAGCACGCUUGUGGCUCUCAUGAAUGUUACGCUGCGGGACAACGCGGCAGACGACGGCGGCGCCUUGUAUGCAGUUGGCGCGCACCUCUCGUUGCAAGGCGUGGUGAUGACGGCCAACCUCGCCAACGUCACUGGCGGCGCCAUCGCUCUCUUCAACUCGUCGGGUGCUGCUUCAACCUGCGCCUUCUCCAGCAACACGGCCAGAGGUCAUGGUGGAGCCAUCGCGCUAAGCGCCGCCUCCCGCUUUGUACUAACGACGACGCACUUGACGGCCAACGCCGGCUCCAACGGCGGUGCCGUCGCCGUCUCCGGCGUCUCGACGUUGACGCUGGUCAACUGCAGCGUCUUUGGCGGAGAGUUGAGCAGUUUUCAUGGCGGCCUCGUCCAUGCAGAUGCAUCGACCGUCGUCUUUGAAGGGUCGACACGCCUCGCAAACGGUGCGGCCACUCGCGGCGGGGCCUUGUAUCUGGCCAACGCGGCCCGUUUGUAUGGUCAUGCCGUUCACAUUGCAUUCAACGUUGCGUCUCGCGACGGCGGUGGCAUUUUUGCUACCGGAAACGCCACACGCGUGCAGCUGCAAUCCGCGCUGAUCGACACCAACCGCGCGGGAGUUUGCGGCGGCGGCGUCUACGUUGAUGCCGGCGCCUCGUUUCUCAUGUCUGCCAACUCGAGUAUCCAAAACAGCGUCGCGCGAAUGCACGGCGGCGGCAUCUAUCUCCACGGCGCGUUGGCCAGCGCGGCCGAGCUCUACGAUUCGAGUGUCGUUAGGAACGACGCGACGGGGCACGGUGGCGGUAUCUUUGUGGGUCACGGGGGCCAGCUCGUUCUGAUUGGCACAACUGUGCGACGCAAUCGCGGGCGGCGCGGCGGCGGUCUCUUUGCGACCACCGCCAGCGUGACCUGCGUCCACGCCAUGUUUGCAAGCAACAGCGCCAACACGGGUGGCGCCAUUUUCGUAGAUCGCUCGAGCUCGCUGCACAGCCUCGCAUCCGACUUUUCGCACAACCUCGCCGAGACGAACGGGGGCGCGCUCGUUUUCGCAGCAAGAAGUGUUGGUAUCGUCGUCAACUGUACACUUAAGACCAACGUAGCCGCCUCUGGCAACGGCGGCGCCAUCGUGCUCGAGAGUGCAGCACACGUCACGCUGCGUCAGUGCGUCGCCACCGACAACACGUCGCCACGCGGCAUGGGCGGGGGGCUCUGUGCCACCAACGGUGCACGCGUCAGCGAUACCGGGUCGCUUUGGACUUUGAACGCUGCGAGAGACGGUGCAGCGAUCGCGCUCGUGUCGCCGGGGCCCCACGAAAGCAUCAAUGCCACGCUCUUGAGGAACGCGGCUCGGCGCCAAGGCGGCGGUCUCUACUUGGACCAUGGUGCGGAAGUGUCGACGUUUACCUCGCUCGUUUUGCGCAACAACUCGGCGUCGUCGGGCGGCGGUGUCUUUUGGGUGUUGGAGCAUCCGUCGUCCGGAGCCCACUUUUUCUGCGACAAUUGCACCUUGGACAAGAAUGCGCCGACGGACGUCGCGACGUCGGCUGUGUCGGUGGGGCUAAACGCGUGGCCGUCGUCGUUUUUGAGUGGCGUACCGCUCACGGUCGGCGGCAACGCAUCGGCGUACGAGGCGUCGGUGCUUCGGCGAUCGCCGUUUUCGUGGGCGACGGUACACACCACCGAUUACUACGGACAUCGAGCUGGCCUCGACAACGCGACGACGUGUACGUUUUCCGCGUCGGCGGCGGGUCUCGCGCUGUCGUCGACGCACGCAAUCACGUACACCGCUGUCAACGGCCUCGUCGCCUUUGCAAGUGCCGCCAUUCAAGGACCUAUCGUCGCGCAUCCCGUGCCCGUCUCGGUCGUGGUCGAAUGCAGUCGUUUCGGUGCGCAAAUGGUGCCUCUGCAAAUCGCCAUGGUCCUCACACCGUGUGCACCGGGGUACUCGACCGACCCCGCAGGGCGAUGUGUCCGGUGUCCGUCGGGGCAAUAUAGCUUGAACGGCACAACGUGCUUCAACUGUCCUCCCGGGGCGAUCUGCUCCGAGUACAUUCUGACAACGGGCGCGCCCGCACUUGUUGGUGUUGCCCAUCCGCGCACACUGCCCAACUACUACCUUGACCGCGCGCCGGCGAGGCACCGAGAAACGCAGUGUGAUCCAUUGAGUUGGCCGUUGACAGACCCGUGCCGGGCGUUUGCCCUUGCGUCGAACGACAUGGAAGCCGCGUUGACGCAGUGCUUGACGAGUGUCGUGCCGGCGACGUACGUGGCGUCCUGGCCGCCGAUGCGGGAGUUCAUGUGUCUCUCUGGCCUCGCGUUCUACCCGUGUCAGGUCGAGAACGUCUGCCUUGGCAACAUCGACAGUCUACUCGGUCAUGCGUGCGCCCUUGGCUACGCCGGCUCGUUGUGCGGGCGUUGUGCGUCGGGGUACUCCAACUCGAUCUCUGGCACUUGUCAAUACUGCAACGGCAAUUGGACGUCGCUCACAUGGCAGAACGCCCUGGUACCGUGUCUCAGUCUCGUGGUAAUCGCUUGUUUGAUUGGUGCACUUCGGCUCUACCUCAUCGAUGGCAGCGAAGUGGAGCUCUUGCGCCAAGCCAAGCUUGACCAGCAACUUAAAGCGCGCACCAAGCAGCGUGUCACGUGGUGGGCCGCGGUGCGUUCGAAUUGCCAUAAAAAGUACCUCGCGUGGCAAGCGCGUCGACGGCCAAAAGCGGCGCCACGCGACGUCUUUGGCAUCACGCUCGACACGGACGGCAAUCCUGAUUACGUGAGCGUCUACCUCGAGAAGGCCAAAAUCCUCACGGGGUUUUUCCAAAUUUUCGGUAAUUUUCGAACCACGUAUGCAAUUGCGUGGCCGCCCGCCAUCAACGACGCGAUGGUGAUCACGUCCCAGUUUAGUCUGGAUCUCGUCGCGAUCGCUGGCAUCGACUGCUUCAUGCCGUCCACGUCGUUCUACGUGCAGUUCAUUUCGACGCUGGCCGUGCUCGUCUUGAUCUUUACGCUUGUUUUCAUUUUUUACUACCGUGGCGCGGCCCACUACAUUGAAAAGCUCAAGACAAUUCCGCGCUGCUGCCCUCGCUGUGGCCUUCCAGUCUGGGACAAGUACGUGCCCGACCAGCGGCGACCGUCCAUGCCGCAGCCUCUAAGUGGCAGCCGCCAGAAACGCCGGCGACAGUCACUCGAGCAACGGGCGAGCACCUUGUUGUCGCUGGACGAUGUAAGCUCGGCCCACGGAACCAUUGCCGCCCGCCGCGUCCUCACAGCACUUCGCGCAUUGCUCACGGAGCCUGACCCGCACAUGUCGCAUGCCCGGCAACUGCAGCGCGAAGCGAUCAACAUGUCGACGGCCAAGGCGUACACCGGGGCACUGCCCAUGUACCGAUCAACGCACCGCAUGUGUCCGGCCAAACCGCUCACCGCCCACGUCCGAUCGCGCGUCCUCCGGAGCAACCUCUGCGUCUGGCAAGCGCGCGUGAAGCUCCGACUGCACUAUCAAUCGUACCGCAUCAAAUGCGUCAAAGUGAUGCUCGGGAUUCUCUUGCUUUUGUACCCCAUGGUGUCGCGGAACUUUCUGCUCGUGUUCCACUGCGACCAAAUCGGGGCGCGCUACUGGCUCGUGAAGGACCGCAGCCUCGAGUGCUACACGACCGAGUGGUCGCUCUACGCCUGCGUCGCGCUCGCGGGCGUCGGCGUCUGGGUCGUCGGCGUCCCGUUUCUCUUUUGGCGCACCGUCUACAAGGCGCGGCACCGGCACAUUGACACACGCUUAGCGCUGCUCGAGUCACGCGCGUACCGACCGCUGCGCGAAAAGUGGCUCGCAGAGAUGCGCACAAUGCUGGCGGCCGAAGGACGAUGUGUGCCCCUCGCGCUCGGACGCCGCGACGAGAUGGCUUACUUGGGCCACUACAUGAAGACAAAGAACCUCGAGGACUCUGCGGUGAUGGCGCGGCUGGGUCUCAUUUACCAGAAUUACAAAAGCGAAUUCUGGUGGUUUGACGUCUUUGAUCUGAUUCGAAAAGUGCUGCUGAACGGUGUCCUCGUCUUCCUCCAGGGAAACGAAAUCGUCCAGUCGACGUCGGGUCUCGCUCUCUGUCUGCUCGCGCUCACCCUCACGCUCCAAUGCAAGCCGUACCGGUCCUGGACCGACUCGCUCGUGGCUGGCGUGACCCAAUUCCAGCUCUUCAUCACACUCUUCCUCGGGUUUCUUCUCCUUAUGAACACGGCGUCGACAACGGCGCUCACACCGGUGGCCGCCAUCGUCGACGUCGAUACCAUAUCGCUCAUGCUCGUGGCGACCAACUUGGCAUCCGUCGUCGUCGCAGCCGGUGUCCUACUCCACGACACGAUGCGCAACCGCCGCCGCAUGCAAAAGGUGCGGGCCGUCCGCCGUGCCGAGCUCAUUCAAGCAGCGGUGCGGAAGCUCUGGCGACGCGCGUACAACCACGCUGUGGUGAUUGCGUAUGCAAAUCGGCCGGCGCCGCUCUCCGUUGCACUCCUCAUACAGCGCGCCCGGCGUCUACCCCCCUAUCAGAACUAGGAUUUAUCCCGAAC